GCUUUAAGUUACAGUAUACCAAACUAAUCAUUGGACUGUAAAAGCUUAUAUCAGUCAAUAAGCUGUAAGUGUAUACAUUGGUUUAAACUUCGUUUAUUUUUUACUUUAUUUUUUAUGUUUUUCACCAAAAUUUACUUUCUGUUUCUUUAACUAGAUUGUAUAUUAAAUAAAUCAGUCUUUCAAUAAUUAUGUAUAUAUAAAUGAUUUCCCUUUUUCGACAAAUUAAAAUAGUUAACCUUCAAGAACUGAUAAAAUCAUGACAGGCUUUUGUUUUAUUUCUGUUGUUUGUUCAUAUAUGAUUCAUCAUCAGUAAUAAAUUUCCAAAAUGUAAAUUGUUAAAGCAACAGUUGGAAUACAUAUGUAAAUAUAUCAAAAGUAAAUUAAUGAAAACUGAAAAACUGUGAGAUUCACAGUAUUUUUAAAAAAAAAGGAAAUCAGAAUGAAUAAUGAGUAGGUAAGAAAAGUCAGGCUACAGAAUUAUUAUUAAUAACAAUAAUAAUAUUGUUCAUGUUGGUAGUACAAUAUCAGUAAACAAUAACAACUGUUAUAUCCUAGUGAAGAUUAAAUUACGGGUAACUUUGGAGACCUAUUAAUGGACUAAUAUUAUCUAUAUAUUCUUAUUAUAUAACUAUUCAGUAACUAGAUUAUAUAUAUAUCCCUUAUUAUAAGCUUCAUUUUGACUUAUAGAUUAUUAUUGUACGAUUUACUGUUCUUAUGUUAUUCUCAGUUUGUUAAUUACUGUCUCCCACGUUCACAGUGUGGUGUUUGAAUGAACUAAUGACUCCUUUGUACUUGUUGAAUGUUUGAUUUCGAAUUCUAAAUACAGUACAUUUGUUAGUGCUUGUGCAGUACUUCUUGAUUCAAUUGCGUUAUCCCUGGGAUUCUUAGUUCAUACUAUAAUUCAAUUACUUCUAAUUAUCAUAUUGGCGUCGCGAUGGAGACUGCGAUGGAACAGUUAGAUAUUCAUUCAACUUCUGAAGCUUUUGAGGACUAUUUGGAAAGGUUUGAAAUUUGGAGCAUGACCAAGAAGGAUGUUAAAGGUGAUAAAAUUGUGGCUUAUUUCCUGACAUUCAUCGGAAAAGAAGCAUACAGCUUACUGAAAACCUUGGCAUAUCCAGAAAAACCUAUCUCACUUCCUUAUGCAACUAUUAAGGAGUUAUUAUUAAAUCAUGUAAAGUGCACUAGUUUUGAAUGCCGUGAAAGGGCAAAAUUUCAUAAGAUGACUCGUCGAAAUGACCAAAAGGUUAAGGAAUUCAUUCUUGAAUUGCAGAAACAAGCUGCCAAAUGUAAUUUUGGUGAUCAACUUCAUGUGCAACUGAGAGAUCGAUUAAUUGCAGGAAUUAACUUGCCGGGUUUGGAAAGAGAGCUGUUAAGAAUGCCGAACUGUUCCUUUCAAGAUGCUAGAACUGCGUGUAUUAACUACGAGGCAGUGAAUGAACUUGAUAUCCAGUCGAUGAAUAUUUCUAAUACUUUGCUUAGUUGUCAUGAUGAAAUACAAUCUCAGGGUCAAUCAAAAUUGCGUUCGUUUAACAGUGGUUCCUAUUCUCGUGUAAAUAUGAAAGAUAUCUCAACAAGGAAUUACAAAAGAAAUCACAAAGGUGAGACCAAGUUUGGCAAAUGUUUAUCAUGUGGAAAAAUUCAUUCUCGUAAUUCAUGUGCAUUUCGUAAUGCUAAAUGUUUUAGAUGUGGUAAGAUAGGACACAUUCAAUCAGUAUGCAAAGCUACUAUUCAUUUUGCCUCAAGUAGUACUAAAUCUUGUAAUUUAGAUCCCGGUGAUUCAGCUGUUCCUAAUGAUCACUUAUCUUUGUCUACUGUUUCGAAAGGUAAUGCUCAUAUUCAAAAGCGAUUAUAUACAUCGCUUGGUUCAUGUCAUGACUUUAUUGUUGACACAGGCAGUAUAGAGUCCAUUAUUUCAUUCAAGAACUUGAAAUGUUUAGAUCCUAACGUUGUGGUACGACCCACUGAGGUAUCAAUAUUGGGGAUUACUGGACACAGACUGCCUAUACGAGGAUGUUGUGAGUUGCUAAUAAGAGAUGAUAAUUCUUCGUACAUACCUUGUGAAUUUUUAGUUAGCGAAACAGGACUGUCAAUAUUGGGCUUAAGGAAUUUGAAAAGGCUUAAAGUGGAGCUGUCUUUCCUAGUUUCUAAAGAAAACAAUGAUGCUUUACUUAAAGAUUUGAUAGCCACGUGUGCUAAGUGCAGUGGAGGUAUGAAGAUUCAGCCUAUAAAACUUCAAGUACAGGGUGAACCAGUAUUUCUUAAAAGACGAAUAAUUCCUUAUGGUCUUCGAGAGGCAGUACAUAAAACAUUAAACGAUUUGUGUGCGAAAGGCAUAAUUGAACCGAUCCAGUCCUCAGCAUGGGGUACUCCUAUUGUUACGCCACUGAAGUCGGAUGGCAAAACCCCUAGAAUAUGUGGUGAUUAUAGAUUAACACUGAAUUCCCGUUUGUUGAAGCAAACGUGCACGACGGUCGAGGCUGAAGAUAUUCUAAAUCGACUUCAUGGUUCGAAAGUGUUCUCGAAAGUUGACCUAAAAGAUGCUUAUCUCCAAAUCCCUUUAGAUCAAUCUUCAUCUCUUUUGACGACAAUUAAUACUCCUUUUGGUCUGUUCAAAUACAAUUUCCUUCCAUUUGGUCUAAGUUGUUCUCCAGCUAUAUUUCAGGAAGUCAUGAAUAAUGUAGUUAGUGAUCUUGAGGGCGUUGAAGUUUAUCAAGAUGAUCUCAUUGUCCAUGGUUCUGAUAAGGUAGUUCAUAACCAGAGACUUAUUGCUUUAUUGCGUCGUUUAAUUGAGAAGAAUAUUACAGUGAAUCCAAAUAAGUGUUCAUUUUGUGUAUCUAAUUUCGAAUGUCUUGGAUACCUAGUUGAUGGUAAUGGUUUUAGACCAGAUAUGAAACGACUAGCUCCACUGACAGAUGCACCGUCUCCAAAAAACCUUACGGAACUACGUUCACUAGUGGGUGCUCUUCAAUACUAUUCCCGUUUUAUUCCUAAUUUUUCUUGUCGUGCAAAUUGUUUAUUUAAUAUUUUGACAUCCAAUACAUUUAAAUGGGGUGAGGAACAAGAGUCAUGCUUACGUAGUCUACUAAAGUUUCUUCAAAGUGAUGCUGUUCUUCGAACUUACUCCCCUAGUGUACAGUCUGUACUUAUCACUGAUGCAUCACCUUUGGGUAUUGGCGCAGUUUUGGAACAGGAGGGUAGACCAGUUAUUUGUGUUUCACGCAAACUUACUGUUACUGAACAAGGUUAUUCACAGACUCAGCGAGAAGCAUUAGCUGUGUAUUGGGCUGUUAAAAGACUCCAUAAAUAUUUAUUCGGAAAGAAAUUCACUAUUGUUACUGAUCAUGAGGCUUUAAAGUUUAUUUAUCAUCCUGAAAAAUCCUUAGCACGUUCCUCAGCUGCUAUGGUUCAACGAUGGAGUAUUGCUUUGAGUGCCUAUGACUAUACCGUUCAGCAUAGGAGUGCCAAACAAAUUCAACAUGUUGACUACAUUUCUCGACAGUCAUUACAAGAUAAACCUGUAAAUACUUCAGACUGUUUGUUAGUGCAACCUUUACCAGUGAAACGUCCAGAUCUCAUUAUAGAAACUCGUAAAUACUUUGGAUGUAUAAUUAAUGCUAUACGGAAAGGUUGGAAUGCUAAUUUGAAACGUAGAUUUCCUAUCUAUUUUUCAAAGCGGGAUGAGCUAUCUACUACUCCUGAUGGUAUUUUGUGUUUAAAUGAUCGUGUUGUUAUUCCUCCUUCAUUGCGUAAAUCUGUCCUAGAAGAUCUUCAUAUUGGACAUUUAGGUGUUGAAAAAAUGAAGUCAUUGGCGAGGCUCACAUGUUGGUGGCCAGAGAUAAAUGCAGAUAUUUGUCGUACAGCAAACAAUUGUGAAAAGUGUCAUAAGUUGAAAAAUCAGCAUUCGAAGUGGACUCCAUGGCCAGUAUCGUCUGAGGCCUGGCAGAGAAUUCAUGCAGACUAUUGUGGUCCGUUUCUUGGCAAAUACUAUGCGCUUGUAGUUAUUGAUUCUUUUUCAAAGUGGCCUGAAGUUUUCUUCACAACUUCACCAAAUUCUGACUUCACAAUUCAAGCAUUAAGAAAGGUGUUUAGUCGAGAAGGGGUUCCAAUGGUGUUAGUAACUGAUAACGGCUCUCAUUUUGCUGCAGAUGCAGUCACUACCUGGUUAAAUGGUAUAGGGUGCAAACAUCUGUUUACUGCUCCCAGACAUCCUUGUUCCAAUGGUCAGGCAGAAAAUUUUGUCAGGACGUUAAAAACUGCCAUUGAUUCUAUUGCUGCCUCAACAUUUAAUGAGCUGGAGAGGGGAGUAGAUACCUUUCUACUGCAAUAUAGAAAUGCCAGACAUUCGGUGACGAAAGAGACUCCACUUUUCGGCUUUAUUGUGUACAAAUAUUAUUUCCUAUUUUAUGGUACGUUGCGGUCUGUUUGUUUGAUAUAUAAACCCAGUAUGUCUGAGAUAGAUGAUUCUCAUAGUGGAAGCUGUUAUUGGCAUUCUGGACUCGGCUAGACGGGCUGGGUGAGCAACGGACUAAUAGGACACUAGGCUGAUCAGACCGGUCUAAUGUCAUUGGUUCAGUACAGUAUAGGAGCAAAUAAUUCGUAUUUUGAUUGGCGAAUAAAUUACGUGAUAAUUAGCGGUCUAUAAAGUCACAACAAUAAUCAUAAUAAUACAAGAAGUCACACCACUGACAAUAAUUCAUACUAAUUUUUACAGAAUAUCAACAUUGAAUGUUUUGUUACUGAUAGUGUCCUGGAAAUAUGUUGUCUUGAAGAAAUACAUUAAGGGAGAAUGUCAAAAAGAAUACAAAACGAAGUUUGAUAUUUGUAUUUAGUAACAUUCUAGAAAUAAGUAAUAAGGUAGGCAUUUUUCAUUAUUUAAAUAUUGAAAUUUAAAUGUCUAAACAGUAUCUUAUUUCGUAGAAAAUGUAGAACAAUAAUGUACUCAAAGAUGAAUGCGAGAGAUGUUGAGAUUUUUAUCGAGAGUGAGUUUUGAAGAAAGCUUUAUCAUAAAGAAAAACGGUUCGUUUCAUGUAGAUGUCCGUAUCUAUUGUGUUAGCAUAAGAAGUAAACAACUUAGUGGCCUGUAAUAGGAACUACCUAUUCUUACAGUAACAGUAUCCUGCAUUUAAUGUGAUGCUAAUACACGGAUUUCACUCAAAAGAACCUGAGUGGUCUUCACCACUGACCGUCACUAUCUGAAAAUCCACUGAAAAUUAAAGGUCAAUUGAGAAGUAUUUUCUCCAAGUGUGGAACUACCAGGAAUAUCCAGCCAUCAUUCCACACCAAACUUAAUUUAGAAUAUGAAGACCCUGUAGUGAACGUGAUAGUUUUAAGACAUUGAUCAAUAUUCCGAAUUUUCAGCAAUUUACUGGUACAUCUUAUCGACAACAACAAACUAGCGCUAAAUAUGGUUCCAGGGUUUACUAGUAACUUCUUUAAACCAACUAACGAUAAGUAAUGUUUUCGGAGAUGAUCUUCAGUGUAUGUCAAUUCCAUCUAAUAAAUGCUUUCAAAAAAAUAGAAACGUCUUUACGAAACCUUCAACCAUGUUAAAAUUAAAACAAUAGUAAACCUGCGUAAAAUGAGAUAUCGACAGGGAUUUACUAAUGAAACAUUGGGUAAUGAAACAAACAUUUUAUGAAGAAUUUCCGUUCAUCGUUACCUAUAUUUUCUAGAAAACUGUAUUACAUAACAUGUUGAUGUUCACCAAAAUAACUUUUUAUAUAACCUAGU